CAUGGUUGUGUCCCUUCUAAGCUACAAGGAUAUCUCUGCUCCAUCUCUCUAUUGUCUCUCUUCUAUCUCAUUGAUUCGAGGAUGAAGAAGAUGAAUUUGCUGCUGAGGAAGUGCAGGAGCCUCUCCAGGUUAGGGAGGUCUUCAUCUUAUAGUAGUUUGAGGUCCAAAUCCACUAGAGAUGAGGACCUAUGCGAAGGUGUCACGACCGACGAUGAUGAGGUGGUGGUGUUCGUCGGGAGAUCAAGGCGGCGGUACAUGAUAAGCUCGAAGCACUUGAAACAUCCGUUGAUGAGUGCGCUCAUCGACCGGUCGAAGCAUAAUGCCAUGGACAAGAUAUCAGUCAAAUGCGAGGUCGUGAUCUUCGACCACCUCUUGUGGAUGUUGGAGAAUGCUGAUCCGGAGAUGGUCGGAGAUGGUGCUUCAUUGGAGGAAUUAGCUCAGCUGUAUGUGUAUUGAGAUCCAAGUUACUAUAAGCGGAUUAAGUACUUGUCGAACAUGUCAUGAAUUCUAACUUGUUUCUGGUCCGAGAGAAUCACUGUUGUGGUAAUUCUAUCCAGUGGGGUCUAGAUUUGUUCAUGGAUUUGUGUAUUGAAUUUGGUAGCAGCAUUGUCAUUGGUUACAUAUAUAAAUUAUGUAAUAAAACAGUGAAGCCUUCCUAUUA